UGAUCCUUGCCGGUGCCUCCUGCCGGGGAGGGGCGGGGGGAGGCGGGGGGUCCCCGCCAUGGACCCCCGGCCCCUCAACGAGUCGCUGCAGGAGAUGCUCUGCCGCUCCGGGAACGGCACCGGGAACGGACCCGGCACCGGCAACGGGACCAACGGCUCGGUCUGCGACCUCCUCCGCAGGGGCCUCCGCGGGCCCCCGGCGCCCAGAGAGCUGGACGUGGCGGUGCGCGUGGUGCUGUACGUGCUGAUCUUCGUGCUGAGCGUUGGGGGCAAUGCGCUGGUGGUGGCCGUGCUGGCGCUGAACCGGCGACUGCGCACUGUCACCAACUGCUUCCUGCUGUCCCUGGCACUGAGUGACCUGCUCCUGGCACUGUGCUGCAUGCCCUUCACCCUGCUGCCCGGCCUCAUGGGCGCCUUCAUCUUCGGCGACGUCGUCUGCAAGCUCGUCGCCUAUCUCAUGGGGGUCUCGGUGGCCGUGUCCACCUUCAGCCUGGUGGCCAUUGCCAUCGAGCGCUACAGUGCCAUCUGCAACCCGCUGCAGUCGCGCGCCUGGCAGACGCGGUCCCACGCCUGCCGUGUCAUCGCGGGCACCUGGGCCCUGGCAGCGCUGCUGAUGCUGCCCUACGCCGUGUACAGCACCACGCGGCCCACGGCCCCCCGCCCGCCCCCCGCCCAGUGCACGCACCACUGGCCCAGCGAGCGUGUCCGGCAGGUCUGGUACGUCCUGCUGCUUCUUGUCCUCUUCUUCAUCCCGGGCGUGGUGAUGACGGUGGCGUACGGGCUCAUCUCCCGUGAGCUCUACCGUGGCAUCCGCUUCGAGCUGGACAUCAAGAGGGAGGUGGCAGCCCAGCGCGGUACUGGGGGGGACCCAGCUCCCACCUGCGAUGAGGGUGACGGCUGCUACCUGCAGCUGUCACGUCCGGGUGCAGCGUUGGAGCUGCGGGCGCUGGGGGCGGCUGCGCAGCAGGACCGGGCACGCAUCAACAGCUCGGGGGCCCAGCUGGCGGCCAAGCGGCGCGUGAUCCGCAUGCUGGUGGUCAUCGUGGCCAUGUUUUUCCUCUGCUGGCUGCCCAUCUUCGCCGCCAACACCUGGCGUGCCUUUGCCCCGCGGGCAGCCCAGCGGGCACUCUCGGGGACCCCCAUCGCCUUCAUCCACCUGCUCUCCUACACCUCGGCCUGCACCAACCCCCUCAUCUACUGCUUCAUGAACCGCCGCUUCCGCAAGGCCUUUGGGGCCACCUGCGCAGGCUGGGGGUGCCGCCGUACCUGCCCCCGCCGCCCCCCCGAGGACGAGCCCCCCAUGGCCAGUGCCUCGCUCUCCAAGUUCAGCUACACCACCGUCAGCAGCCUGGGACCCCCCUGAGCCGGCAUCCCUGAGCCAGAACCCCCCUGAGCCCUCCAACACCAGUGCCUGGGGCCCACAUGAGCUGGACCCCCACAAGCCCCCCCCCAUGGCUUUUUCUCUCUAAGUUCAGCUACACCAUCCACAGCAGCCCGGGAUCCCUGACCUAGACCCCCUUAGGUCCCCUAGCACCAGUGUCUGGGACCCACUCCCCGAGCUGGACACCUGCAGCAGGACCCCCCCCGAGCAUGAACCCCUGCCCUGCCAGCACCCCCCGUGCCCCUCUCUGGUGCACCCCCAGUCUCCUUCCCUCCCAGGACAGCCUUGCCCACCAUGCCCCGCUCAAUCCCAGCGCCCCCGGGUCCCGGCUGGGUGGGGGCGAGGGGCGGGCGGGAGGAGCCCUGGGGCUGGGCAGGUCGGAGGCUGAGGGAGGUCGAGGCACCCCCAGCCCAGCUCAGCCCGGGGUCUCCCCGCGCUGCUCCCCGGCUACGGUCACAAUAAACUGACCCCGUGCCCACCUGCGCCGCUGCUCCCAGCGCUCCUGCCCCGCCGGCACGGAGGCUCCGCGGGGCAGCCCCGGGCGGGACGCGGGGUCGGCGCCGCGCGAAGCUCGGGGGUCUGCGGGCUGGGGCACUCCGCUGCGGGGACUGCUGAGCCCGGCGGAUGGGACCCCCGGGCCCGGUGCACCCGAUGCCGCCCCGGGGCUGUGACCGUACGAAGGGGAGGGGGACCCGCGGGGAGGGGAACCCCAGGGAACACGGCCGUCCCCAGGACUCCAUCUCCCAUCGUGCCUCGCGCGCUUACGUAGGCCCGGCUCCCUCAUUUGCAUGCGGCUCCCCGCCCCAGGUGGCCACGCCCCAUCCCGCUCAGUCCCGCGUACAUUGGUCACGCCCCCUCCUCGGCCACGCCCCCGCCGCGCUCGGCCGCGGUACGGGGGGCGGGGCCUGUCCACAGCCCCGCCCGACUUUGGCCCCGCCUCUUUUGCUGUCUUGCCCCGCCCCC